UGCAUCGCUUCUGUGUGAACCUAGCCUAAGGAAUAUGUCUAGACUAACUGGUAUAUAAUGUAUGUAGAUACAUAUAACGAAUGCAAUGUUGUACAGCAGGGUGGACUGACAACUCAUGGGGCCCCCAGGCAAUAGGGGAUCAUGGGGCCCCAUUGUCCUUGCCCAAGCUCAAAAAGCCUAUGAAAAAGUUACCAGGGGCAUCUCAUGGGGCCCCCUACUGGCCCCGGGCCCUCGGGCAGUGCCCGAGUUUCCAAAUGGUCAGUCCGCCCCUG